CCACAGAGUAGGCUGAGAACAUUUGGCAGCGCCGGGAGUUUCAGGGACCAUGCUUUCACCUAACGACUGCAGCCAUUCACCACAGACCAGGUUUGAUCUGGUCCAAGUGAAAGGUGCAUGGACCAGACAGACGGAGCAGAGGCAGGUGGCAGAGGGAAAGUUAAGUGAUGCUAAAAUCCAUGAGAAGAAGUCUGAGCACGGAGUCUGCUGGACAGUGAUCAGCCCCAUUGUGUUCACCUACAGAGUCAUUCAGUGCCAAAACAUUCUGGAUCCCAGAAAUGACACUUUGCUGUGGGGUCAUUUAGGAGACGAGGAGCUUAAAGGGACCGUAGGAAACCUCAAACCUGUGAAACGUUUUAUCGUCAUUGAUGAAACGGUCAAUCGUCUGUAUGGCUCUCAGGUUAAAAGUUACUUUGAGUCCAGAGACGUUGUGUAUAAGAUGCUCCCUCUGCCCACCACUGAGGAGAACAAGUGUAUGGAGUUAGUGACCAAGAUCCUGGAGGAGGUUCAUGACUUUGGAAUUGACAGGCGUUCUGAACCAAUCAUAGCCAUCGGCGGUGGGGUUUGUCUGGAUGUCGUGGGCCUGGUGGCGUCUCUCUAUCGCCGGAGGACUCCGUACAUCCGGGUGCCGACCACGGUGCUCUCUUACGUCGAUGCCAGCGUGGGGGCAAAAACAGGGGUCAACUUUGCUGGCGGGAAAAACAAGCUGGGAAGUUACGUCCCGCCGGUGGCAACGUUCUUAGAUCGCUCGUUUUUCCAAACUCUUCCGAUGCGUCAGAUCAGCAAUGGGAUUGCAGAGAUGCUAAAGAUGGCCCUGAUGAAGCACCUCGGCCUGUUUCAGCUGCUGGAGGCCGAGGGCCGGAGGCUGCUGGACACCAAGCUGCAGUCGGACGGCACCAACAGCUCUGAACGCGAAGACAGUGCCACGGCAUCCACCCGAAUCGCCAUAGAAACCAUGCUGGAGGAACUGGCCCCCAACCUGUGGGAGGAUGAUUUGGACAGGCUGGUGGAUUUUGGUCACCUCAUCAGCCCCGAAUUAGAAAUGAGAGUUUUACCAGCGCUGCUUCACGGGGAGGCGGUGAACAUCGACAUGUCCUUCAUGGUGUAUGUGGCCCACCAGAGGGGGCUGCUGACAGCGGAUGAGAAGGGCCGCAUCAUCCGGUGCAUGCUGGGACUGGAGCUGCCCGUGUGGCACCAGGACUGCACCCUGGCCCUGAUACAGAAAUCCCUGCAGGAGCGUUUGAGGCACUCUGCUGGUUCUCUGAGGAUGCCUCUUCCCACAGGUCUGGGACAAGCAGAAAUCUUCCAUGACAUGAUGGAGGAGAAUAUCAGCCGAGCCUACGAGGAGUGGACCGAUGAGCUCGCUCCCUCUGGGAACAAAUACAGUACAUGUUGAAAUACAUUUAGCAUUUCUGAGCAACACAUGUUGAUUAAAUGGAUCAUU